AUGGUUGGCACCUCUAUUCGCGCUAUCCAAGUCAACCAACACGGCGACCCCUCGGUCCUCAAGCCAACCAUCAUCCCUCGUCCCACCUACCAGCCUGACCAAGUCCUCGUCAAGGUCGCCUUCUCUGGUGUCAACUACCUCGAUAUCAUUGAGCGAGAGGGUAGCCACCCCAGCCCUCCUCCUGUCGAUGGUGGCCGAUCAAGAGCUAUCCCUUUCAUCCCUGGUCACGAGGCUUCUGGCGAGAUUGUCGAGAUCGGAUCUGAGGCCCAACAUGGAUUCAAGGUCGGCGACCGGGUCGCGUUCCUGGGGAUCGACACCUAUGCCGAAUAUGUCGCUGUCAAUACCGUCAACUUGGCCAAGCUCCCCGAUCAUAUCUCUCUUGCUGAUGGGGCCGCACAGCUCUUGCAAGGUCUCACCGCUGUUGGCCUGAUCCGCAAGGGGUACACGGUCCAAAAGGACGACUGGAUCGUAAUUCACGCCGCCGCUGGUGGUGUCGGUCUCCUCACCACCCAAUUAGCCCGCCUUCUCGGCGCCCACGUCAUCGGCACCGUCUCUACCGAAGAAAAAGCUAUCCUCGCCAAAGCCGCCGGAGCCGAACACGUCGUCCUCAUCAGCAACGGCUACGAGGCACUCGAGAAGAAAAUCCACGAGCUCACCAACGGUCAAGGAGUCCACGCCGUUUUGGACAGUAUCGGUCAAGCCACGUUCGAGUCUAGCUUGAACGUUGUCCGCCGCUUGGGCACGUUGGUCCUCUAUGGUCAUGCAAGUGGGAUCAUCCCUCCUUUCCUCUUGGUUCGUUUGUCAGGCAAGAAUGUGAGGGUGACCUGGACAGACUUGGACAACUACAUCACCACCCGUGAGGAAUUCGAUGAGUUGUACGGAGAGCUGGUAGAGCACUUGGCCAAGGGACAGCUGAAAAUCGAUAUCCAUAAGGUCUACUCCUUUGAUGAGGUUCAGCAGGCUCACUUGGAUCUCCAGGGCCGAAAGUCUACCGGUAAGCUCCUCAUCAAGAUCGCCUAG